UAUUUAGACAUUUAACAGGGCGUAAAUCUACGACUUGAGCGUCGAGAACGACAACCCGAUUCGACAUUGUAAAUCCCCUUUAUCGUGACGUAAUACACCAAAAAAAAGAGUCUUCACGCCAGUUAGCCGAUAUUUGCAUUUAUCCCAUCUUUAUCAGUUUAUGGGUUCGUGGUAACCCGAGGAAUUUGAGGCGAGUCAAUCUAUAUGCCUAGAUUUCCGGUCACCUUUCGGCGGAAAUCUACCGCGGCAGAAGAUCCAAAUGGACCGGUAGCAGAGCAUUCUUUCCGGGUCCUGGAGCGGAGUGAAGUAGGCAAUGGGAAAUCCUUCGACGGUGGUGUCAGAUUGGCCAGGAUGACGGGGUCCGCGCCCAGAUCCAGUGUUCCAGAUCUCGCUGCGGAGGAUAAUUUAUUCACAGGCUUGAAAAAUAAUCGUGGUAGUGGAAGUUCCAACACUACCAAAACAGCUUCCGAUAACUCUUCUCGUCACAGCAACGCCUCCACAGCUCCUUCAUCAACCGACAUACCACCACAGGACGACUGGCGUAGUGCUAAUAGAAAGUCUGUGUCGACGGCCGAUGUUCCUGUUCCUGCUCCAUUAGCACCUAAGAAUCACGGCAACUUUCUUAAACAAGCAGGUCGAACUUUCUCUUUCGGUAGCAGAAAGAGUACACUGCCGACUAUACCGGCAGAAGACACAGUCCCUGCUGUCCCGGUGAUGCCUGAUGAAUAUUAUAGCCCUGAUAUUCCCCGUGGCCGUUCACGAGCUGAGACCACUUCGACGGUCAGCACAGCGACACCUCCCAAGGUCGAAGACCAGGAUUUCAUGUUGGAUCUAGGUAGUGAUCUUAGCAGUGUUCUCAAAUUUGACAAACGUGCGAGUGUCGCUACUAUAAAAGAACGCAGCUUGAUGGCGAACCGAACGAGCCAACCUACACCGCUUCACCUUGAUAACACCGCUCCUGUUGAGCCUCCACAGCAUUCGUGGGCUAGCCAGCAUUCGAAUGAUGGGUUGUUAACGUCUGGGCGAACGUUGACAUCCCCUGCCGCUCAUGAAACGCGGCCACCGCCCAAUCCGAAACUAUACGAUAGCCCAAUAGACCAGCGCCGAUCAGACGACGACGAUGAGGACACAAUACUAUUAAGGGACUCUCUCGUUGCUACAGAGUACCUGGCCAGCGAAGAACCGACCAAUUCCGGCCGGUACAGAAGAGACGAAGAUAGUACUCUAAGCUUUAGAUCUGGUGCCACCGAGUCGUAUUCCAGAUCGGCCAGAUAUGACAACCAGCCCAACGACGAGAAUCUCUUUGAUAGAUCCGCCAAUCGCCCUAAGCUAGCGCCACGAAUGGGCUCUCGCUCGCAUACUCUGUCGCAAAAUAAGGUUAUGACUCCCGCAGAAUUUGAGAAGUACCGCCGAGAUAAAGCUCGAGAUGAGAUCAUGGGGAUAGCCGACGAUGUGGAGUCAGAUAAGGAGGAAGAGGAUAAUUACGAUGAUGAUGAGGAUGAGCGGGAGAAAACAAAGCAGCUUGCGAAGCAGAGACGAAAGCAGGAGGCCCACAUGACGGUUUAUCGGCAGCAAAUGAUGAAGGUAACAGGCGAAUCUUCUAACACACAUGCUUCCCACCCCAGCAUCUCGAUAUCGAUGAGCACGCCAAAUUUAACAUUAACCGACGGUCCUGGCAAAGCUGUUUCCCCGGUUCCCCCUUCAGACGUCUCUGAUUCCGACGAAGAGGUGCCUCUAGCGAUUCUUGCGGCGCAUGGGUUCCCUAACAAGAACAGGCCGCCAACGCGUCUCAAUAACAUGUCGUCAAACCCCAAUUUACGAGCCUCUGUUGUACAGCCCUCUUAUGUUGGUGGGCCAGGCUCAGUAAUGGGUGAUAACGCCCCCCAGAGAAUCAGUAACGGUGGCAAUCUACCACCGUUUGCUAAGAAACUACCUCAGGAUCCAUACCUCGGCGCAGGCUUAAUCAACCAACCUACCAGGGAAUCAUUUGCCCUUGGCGGAGGAUCUGUUCCCUCGAGCAGAGGGGUGCCCACCGGUGGUUUGGUUGGCGUGAUUGCUAACGAAGAGCGAUCAAGGGCAAUGCGACGAGGUAGUCCAGCACACGAUGGCUCAAGGAAUUCUUUCCCCCUUCCCCUAAACGUACAAUCGAACGGACCAAUGCCAAAUGGAGGUUUUGAUCCUAUAGGUGGCAUCCCUCCUCAGGCGAUGUACCCAAUGGGUAUGCCUCAAAUGCCUGGUCCGAUGCUAACUCCCGGAGACCAAGCACAAAUCCAGAUGACGCAGCAGAUGCAGCAGUUUAUGCAGAUGCAGAUGCAAUUUAUGCAAAUGAUGACUGCGCGUGGUCAAGGACAAGAACAAAUGCAACCGCCGUUUCGCCCUCUAGGACAUAUGCCAACGCAAUCUAUGGGAUCUCUAGCGGACGCACCGCGCAAUUCAUUCAUGGGAGAUCUAAUGGUGAAUCAGCUGGGCCAGGGGUCGAAUCUGGAUCUACCAAGGGGCGAUGCACAAAUGCGGACAAUGAGCAUGGUUCAGCCGAGUUCAGCCUCGUGGCUUCAGCCUCCCCAACCCGGCUACACUCCAUCCAUACGCGCCCCUUCCAUACACGCUCAGGGCAUGGGCUAUGCUCCUUCGAUCGCUCCCUCAGAGCGCAGCAAUAUCGGAUUACCCGGACGCUACCGGCCAGUCUCUAGUGUUAUGACGGGCGACCAUAGCAGAACCGCCACCAUGUCCGGUGCCAUUCCCGCCCUCCACUCGAAGCUUCAAGCCGAGACGAGAGUAACUCCUGUGGAUAAUAAAGAAGAGGACGACGACGACGAGCAGGGAUGGGAAGCCAUGAAAGCAAAGCGAGAGAAGAAGAGGGGUAUCUGGCGAUCUAAGAAGAGUUUUGGAGAUGAUAUCGGAGCACUUAUCAGUUAAGGACGGAUAUACAUUCCAAUAGUUUAUAUCAUUAUGGUCCUGGUCUAAAAAUUACAUAGGAGCAUAUGCGAAGGACGCAGCCAUACUAAAUCGAUUGGAUUCUCAAAAACAUCAGCUUCCGGUAUCUCCUGUUAAGUAGGAGGUCGUCUGGAACAGAGAGCGGGUCUGGAUCCUUGUAUAUUUCGAGUUCACAAGUGGAAACAUGUCCCGCGAGGUAGGACGGAGGCGUAUGGCUUAAAGAAGAUUUGGUUUUUUUGGUAUAAGAGAAAAACCUGUCAUUUAGAAUAAAGAGAACCUUUGGAUGGAUCAAGGGUAUGUCUGAAGUUCAUGGUGGGACGAUUCAGGAUAGAACACCCUAUAUAUCGGUAAUCUAAUACUUUAUCCACCCAGCCCCAUUCGUUUACCUCGACAAGUAAUUCUUGAUCAUGAAUAUAUCUAUCUAGCCGGAAGUGAUGUUUUUUUUUUUUUCGUUGGUGGUGGGGAAAAGGGGGGGAGAGAGGAAAAGGAGGCAUAGGCAGGCAUUAUUUACU